GCGAGCGCUCGCCUGCACCAAGCCCGCGCCGGGGAGUCGCAGGAGCUGCGCCUGCAGCUGCGGGCCCUCCAGGAGGCGAGCGCCACCGCCGAGCACCUGGCCUCGGAGCGGCAGCAGGCCGCCGCCGCGGAGGUCGGCGAGCUGACGGAGCACCUGCACCUGGAGAGGGAGGCCUGGUUCUGCAUGGAGGAGCAGGUGCCCCUGGCGCAGGAGGCGGCCGCGCACCACGCCGCGCACGCCGCGGAGGUGGCUCUGCAGCGGCACUGGGGCGCGCAGCGGGCGCUGCUGGAGGAGGUGGAGGCCGCGGCCUCCGAGGCGAGCGAGACGCCCAGCGAGACCAGCGCCAGGGCGGAGGCCAGGGCCAGCAGCGCGCGCCGCCGGGGGCACUCCAGCCCCGGCAGCGGCACGGACCUCGUCUGCGCGGAGCCGCUCCUCGACCCGCGGCGGGAGCGGGCGAAGACGGACGUGGAACGAGUGAGCUGCGAGCUGUACGGGCUGAUCCACCACACGUGGCCGAACGCGGUCGGGAAGGACCCGGCGCUCAGGCACACGCACGUGCUGGAGGCGGUGUACCGGCUGAUCUCUUGCAGCAAGCGCGACGGGCCCAUCUUCCAGGACGAGUUCUGCGCCAGGUGGUCCCUUGACGUAGAUGCGCUGGUAAUACAAGGUCUGAAUAUGCUGUCUGACAAGUUCAAUGAGCGCGACUGGGCCCUCGCCAUCGCGGAGAGACUGAUCGGCACCAGCAGGACGGCUUGCAAGGAGAUCCCGAUCUUCUCGCGCAAACGGGCGAAGAAGGAGUGGAGAUACCUGCCCUCGGCCCGCGGGACAUCGGCGCCGGGUCAGCCGGCUGACAAAGGUGGUCCAGCGCGGUCGGUCGUGGCCGCAGCCCUCCAGCAGCCAGUCUACAGACCCGUCGGAAAGAUCUGGAGAUCUGGAGCCAAGCCAGGAAUGAGCAGGUCCGACAGGUCGGAGCGCUCCUCCAGGGGCGGCAAGGAGAGGGAGGGCUUGCCUGCAGCGAGCCGCAGCGUGAAGAGCUGCACGGCGAGCAACGGCACGACCAGGAACUGUACGGCCAAGAACGGCCUUUCCCGCGGGGAGCACUGA